GCCAGAAAGAAGACAAGAUAUUGGCAACACUACUGAUCGCACAGUCGUCUUUUUAAACUAUAAUGGAUUUAUCCAGUAGAAUGGAAAAUCCAGCGAGUUAUAAACUCAGUCAACACAUAAGAUUAAGACCAGGAGCUAAAGCUGGAUUAUGGUGUGCUUUAAUACUCCCACUUUCCAUGAUCUUAUCUUGUUUAAAAUACCAGGAAUUGGUAUCUAGAAGCUAUGUGUUAGCUACAGCUUCUGCAGCAAUGUCAUGCAUCUACUUAUUCAUGAACCUGUAUGGUACUGUAAAGUCAAUCAUCACCCAUGCAAUUGUGAUAGCCAUGGCUAUCUAUGGCUGUUUGGUAGCAGGGCUUGAUCUAAUAACUGUGAUUUAUUGGACAAGUCUUCUAAUAAUCAUCAAUAUACCAAGUUAUACAUUAUUAUGUAAACUCCUUGAGCGAUUUCCGUGUAGCUUCUCAAUUGGUGAAGCAAUGCUUGUUGUUCAGGGUACAAGUGUUUUUGUUUUUGUUACAAUAUCAAAUUGCCUGUUGAAUAGCAGUAACCUCAGCACUGUGUUUUGUCAGAUUGUUCUUUUCAGCGUUGGAAUUUUUCUUCUGGGGACUGAUAUGAUUCCACAAUUCCAACAACUCUUAACUUUCAGUAUACUGUUUCUCACAGUGAUUGGAACUUUGACAUUACCUGUCCUAUUUUUGGUCCUCAAGAAAAACCCUGUUGUUUGGUUUUUGUUAGAUUUUGUUUUUCUAAAAUCAACAAGGGUGUAUCUAAUUAUAUAUUGGUUUGCUUGCACUCUGUUGGCACUAAUAAUUGCAUGGCGCUUCGGUAGUGGAUCUUCGGUGAAGUUAACAGUCCUUCGCAAAUAUUUUCACGGUGUCAUAAUCGCCGUUUUUUUGCCUGGAAUUUUCUAUGAUGUGCAACUACUCUUUGUGGCCUCCGUAAUAAUUUUGGCUGCGUUUCUUCUUUUGGAAGCGUCUCGCCUUCACAAUCUGGAUUACGUGGCGGAACUUCUGAACAAGAAUAUGAUUGGAUUCCUGGAUGAAAAGGACCAAGGAACCUUAAUACUUACGCAUAUUUACUUACUGAUUGGCUGUUCGUUGCCAAUCUGGAUAUUUCCUCUCACAUCGGCAACGGACGCAACAGACUACCUACUUUUAUGUUCUGGUAUAAUUUCACUUGGAAUAGGAGAUACAGCUGCGAGCAUUGGCGGAACAUUGUGGGGAAAAACUAAACUGCCUGGAAGCUCGAAAAGCAUCGAAGGAACAAUUUGCUCCAUUAUGGCAGAAGUUCUUUUCAUACUUGCCUUGUUCUAUUUCGGUAUGUUUGGAGUAUCUUCUCAUUUACCGUGGUUCAGCUUUAUCGUUUCUUCAAUAGUCACUUCGCUUGUCGAAGCUUGUACGUCUCAAGUUGAUAACCUGGUUUUGCCAUUGGUCAUGUACAUCGUUUUUAUAAUCUAGUAUAAUUUUUUACUUGUG